AUGCAAUUGCACCAGAAUAGAGAAUGGGUUCCACUUGUGCAUGCAAGGAAGAAGAAGACAUAUCGUUUCAAGUUCAAAAAACUGCUUCUGAAGAUUAACGAGGUUGGUGCAGAAUCUAUUGCGAAAUCGAACUUCUUCUUCUCUUCUGGAGCUGCGGCGGCGGCGUCUCCUUCAGCUGGAGCAGCGGUAGCGUCAGCAGCAGCUACACCUUCUUCAGCAACCUUUGGAGCUUCCUCGGCAGCGACUGGAGCUGCUGGAGUGUCGACUGGUGGCUCAGAAGUUGGAACUUCUGGAGCCUUCUCUUCAGCGACGAUUUCGUCGACUUUCUUGAUUUCGUCAGACAUUAUUGAUGUGUUUGUAGUGGUUGGUUAG